UUUCUUUUCUUUUCUCUCUUUCUCUUUUUUUCACAAGUAUGACAGACGUCAACGAACCCUUGUUGAUACGUAAGAAAAGAACAGACGAAGACCAACAUAGUUUUGGUGAACAAGAUGAGGAAGAAGAAGGACUUCGAACUGACUAUGGAAGUGGUGUCUAUCGUUAUCCAGCUUAUCUUCAACCAGGCCAUUUUACUUCACUAGAGAAACUCAUGUUCUUUUUGAGUUCUAUCUUACUUAUCUUACUAUUUAUUUUUGUUGGUCUGUAUGCUAGAAGUAGUCAAAUGGAUGAGGAUCCAUUGAUUCCUUUGCCAACCAAACCAGAUAAUCAUACAAAAGAACAAGCUUAUUGUUUAGAAUCAAAUUGCAUUAUUACUGCAGCACAAAUAUUAGAGGAUGUUGACCGAGAAUUGGAUCCUUGUGAUGAUUUUUAUGCUUAUACAUGCAAUAAAUGGCAGGAAACGCAUUUGAUACCCGAUGUUAAAUCAAGCAUUGAUAUGCCAUCUAUCACCCGUGAUGCUAUCCGGCAUCGCCUUGACCAGAUCUUAAAUCGCGAUUUUAACAGAUUACAUAAAGUUUCCCCUCACUUGCCUGAUCCAGAUCGUAUUUUGGACAGACAACUGUUCACGAAACUAAGUGAUUUCUAUCAUGCCUGUAUGGACCAAGAUAUGAUAGAGAAAGUCAAUAUCAAACCACUGUAUCCUCUGUUUAGAGCCAUUCGAGACUUUAUUCCAUUAAAGCAGGAUCCAGUGGAUGCUGAGGGACUUCAUCGUGCUCUGUCUUAUUUGGCAGACAGGAACAUUUGGACUCUAUUUGAAAUGAAGGUGGAACCUGAUCCUUAUCAGCCUACUCGGCCCAGUUUAUCACUAUCGCAAGGACAAGUGGGUUUGCCUGAUCGAGCACUUUAUGAUGAUCCUGAUACCAUGUCUGUGUAUAUGCAAGUAGUAACAUCCAUGCUUGAUUACGUGUUUAAACAAGACAGUACAAAUGAAUUUGGCUGGCGGUCAUGGAGUGCAGUGGCUACUGCUCGUCGUAUUAUUGAAUUCGAAAAAAAAGUGGCUACUACCAUAGUCCAGCGUCAGCCUGAAUCAUGGUCCUUGGAACAACUGGAACAAGCAGCACCUGCUAUCCAAUGGACACGGUUUAUAGAACAACACAGACCUCAGUUGCCUGUACCGACCCAUAUACUGGUCCCUACAUCUGGUUUUAUGGAUCACCUCACUCAAGAUGUCCUCAGUACAACAAAUCCUCGUACCUUGCAAAUGUAUUUCAUUUGGCGUACACUAUGGAAAUACUUGGAUGCACUUGACGAGCCACUCGUAGCAUUGAAGCGACCAUUAGAUGUCAAGUUAAGUGGUAUUGAACCCAGAGCCACUCUAGAAAGACGCGAUGUGUGCAUUGAUUUGAUAGACGCCAGUGCAUUGGGUAUCUUGAUGGGUCGCUAUUUUGUAUUGGAUCAUGAAGAUCGGAUCUUGAAAUCAAAAGCAAGCAUACAAACCAUGACGGCCCAUAUUGUCAAAGCAUUCGAGUCUCGUGUGUCUUAUUUGGACUGGAUUCCUCAAGGAGAUGACCAAACACGACACGAAAUCCUUCAGAAAUUGGCCACGAUGGAAUUCCAAAUAGGGUUUCCAUCUGAUCUGCAGUCUGUGAUUUCAUUGUCCGACUAUCUGGGUCCUAUUCAGAUGGACAAGACGGAUUUCUUUGGUAAUAUGAUGCGAUCCAAUCAGCAUCAAGUAAAGCAAACGUGGCAAUUACUCCAACAGCCUAUUGAUAGACAUGCAUGGAAAGUAAAUGCGCAUAGUGUCAAAAUGGCUUAUGAUAGAGAACUCAACAAAGUGAUGAUUCCUGCUGGACUGUUACAAUUACCUUAUUUUGAUCCGGAAGGUCCUUCGUAUUUGUAUGUCGGAGCAAUAGGGUGGAUGAUUGGUCAUGAAAUCAUGCACGCAUUUGAUACACUAGGAAGAAGGUAUAAUGACAAGGGGAUCUAUGGACAAUGGUGGUCCAACAAUACACCGGAUCAAUGCCUUGUCUCUCAAUACCAAGCAUAUGGUGUAGAUGGAAACAAAACAUUGGAUAAUAAUAUAGCAGAUCAUGGAGGUUUAGUCUUGCUAGAGUCUCUUAUUGAUCAUUUUGAGAAUAUAUCGAUACCUGGUCUAAAUCAUCAUUGGAACCAAGACCAACUUGCUUAUCUUCAAUUUGCUCGACUCAAGUGUAGCAAAAGCACAAAAGAACAUAAAGUAAGUCAACUAUAGACUGAUGUCUGACUCACUUGUCUCUAGUCGCUUGUAAAAGAUGUUGCUCCCGAUCAGCUUCGAGUGAAUGGACCAUUGAUAAACUCAAAUCGUUUUGCCAAAGUGUUUGGUUGUAAAAAGGGCUCAUUUAUGAACCCAGUGAACCAAAUAAAAUGUCAGGUUUGGU